UGCUGCGGAGUUCCGUUUCUCGUCUCCCCCCUAUGUAACAGAGUAUAUAGGUGACAGAGGUCAGACUCACUGGCACCAUCUCUCCUGCAUUGAGGGUGGCGGUGUACUAAAUGGCGGGGAACAAUGAGCCCUUGCUGAAGAAGAAGGUCUACUUCGACAACUGCCCGGGUUGUAAGCAAGAUAGGAAGAACGAGGCCAGCCUUGGAAUCCCCUAUAAAGAGUUCUUCUAUGUAUGGAUCGUCACCCUCUGCACAGCUUUGCCAAUCUCAUCAUUGUUUCCUUUCUUAUAUUUCAUGAUUAAAGACUUGCAUGUUGCCAAAAGAGAAGAAGAUAUUGGGUUUUAUGCAGGGUUUGUUGGAGCUUCAUUUAUGGUUGGAAGAGCUUUAACUUCCCUAUUGUGGGGAAUGGUUGCUGACCGAUAUGGAAGGAAACCUGUUAUAGUGCUUAGCAUCAUCUCUGUGAUCAUUUUCAACACUCUGUUUGGGCUGAGUACAAGUUACUGGAUGACAAUUACAACAAGAUUACUACUUGGAUUGCUAAAUGGUUUAAGUGGUCCAAUAAAGGCUUACUCUAUAGAAGUUUGUAGGGAAGAAUAUCAAGCUCUUGGAGCAACACUAGUAUCCACAGCAUGGGGUAUAGGUUUGAUAGUUGGCCCAGCUAUUGGGGGCUACUUUGCUCAGCCUGCAGAAAAAUAUCCCGAGAUAUUUUCUCAAGAUUCCUUCUUUGCAAGGUUUCCUUACUUCUUGCCUUGUAUUUGUAUAUCACUCUUUGCUGUUGGAGUUCUCAUAGCUUCUGUAUGGCUUCCAGAGACAUUGCAUAAGCACAAUUCAGACCAAGUAAAAGGUGUGUCAAUUGAAGAUUUGGAGACUACUCAAUACAAGCCUGACUUCAAAGGACACAUAGGUGUACAUGAAGAAAGUGGUUUACCACGAAAGGAGAACUUAUUUAAGAAUUGGCCAUUGAUGUCAUCCAUCAUCGUCUAUUGCAUUUUUUCUCUUCAUGAUAUGGCUUACAGUGAGAUAUUCUCAUUAUGGGCUGUUAGUGGUAAAAGGUACGGAGGACUAAGCUUUUCAACUAAAGAUGUUGGUGAAAUACUCGCUAUCUCAGGGUUGGGUCUUCUAUUAUUCCAAACACUUCUUUACCCUCCACUUGAGAAACUUGUAGGACCCAUCAACUCAUUGCGACUUGCUGCAAUUUUAUCUAUACCUUUGCUUGUUGCUUAUCCAUUUAUGGCAAAGAUGUCAGGGAUUCCUCUCAUGUUGAUAGUGAAUUUGGCAUCCGUGCUGAAGAAUACUUUUUCUGUAACUAUCGUCACUGGAUUGUUCAUUUUGCAAAACAUUGCUGUGGCUCAAGAUCAAAGAGGAGCUGCAAAUGGCAUAGCUGUGACUACAAUGUCCAUUUUUAAAGCAAUUGCUCCAGCAGCUGGUGGUGCUAUAUUUUCCUGGGCACAAAAGCGCCAGCAUGCUUCCUUCCUUCCAGGUGAUCAAAUGGUUUUCUUCAUUUUGAACGUGGUAGAGUUUAUCGGACUCCUGUUGUCCUUCAAACCUUUUCUGGUUCAACGAUGCAACAACUAGAACACAACACUGCCACUAUGAUCGUAAAAGAUACAACGAUGUGCAGUUACCUUUGCGAAGUGCAGAAACAACAACUUUCAUGUUCUUCGAUCUUCAUCAUAUGAUUUGGUGUAAUUCUAAUGACCAGGUGAAGAUGUUUUUCCAUAUACAUAUAUAUGCAUAUAUGGGUGUGAUGUAAUCUAGCAGAUUGAUCAUUUCAUAUGUGGCAAUGUACUACAAUGAAAGAUCAAAUAUUAUGGAGAAGUGGACAAAUAAUGCCUUGUGUUGGA